CCGAGCCCGGGCAGGCAGAGGGGCAGCUGGCAGCUGGGCAGGGUUGCGCGUAGCGCGUAGCGCGUGGGAGCUGGGAGGUUACGUUUGAUGCGGCGAUCAGCGGCGAUCGGCGAUAUCGAUAUCGUGCGUGUCCUUCGCGCGUCAACCGCGACACAUGGAGAGAACGAUGUCGGAGCAAGCGGCUUCGCAGACGCAAACGGAAACAAUCUCCGAGGCGGACGUCACCGAUUCCGGAUCGCAGGAUGUACCUACCGUACGAUUACGCCUACGAAAGCCGAAAUCGAAUAAAAAAGUCCAAUGGACUCAGGGAACUGUAGAUAAUGAAAAUCUAAAUAAAAAGAAAUCAAAAUGUUGUUGUAUUUAUGAGAAACCAAAAACUUUCGGUGAAAGUAGCUCUGAAGAUAGCGAUGAUGAAUGCGAACAUUGUCAUGGACAUAAGGAUGCUCAUAAGAAAGUCUUACCUAAAGCUGGUGAUCCUGCGCGAGAAGGAAUGUCAUCACAUCCUGAACCGAUUGCAACAGGUUCAACAUAAGUGUUUUUAUGCUUAUUGACAACUUUUCCCUAAAUGGAAAAUAACGUCCUUUAUGCUAUUUCUCGAGUCAGUGUCAUACAGAAAAAGAUGAUGGACUGUAGAUAUCAUGUUGCGUUGUCGUUUUAGGUACCUACACAAACUUUAAGUAUGAUUUUGCGCUAGCACAUAUAUUUAUAUUACAGUGUUUUAACAGUGUCGCACGGAAGAUUAUUAAGUGUUGUUCAUAUUGCUACGUGUUACACAAGUCAUAAUAUCUUGCGAAUAGUAACGUACUCAACACAGUCUUUGGAAAAUAACUUUGUCAUUCCUUAUAUGUUUAUCUCCGAUUUUCUUCAUAGUACCAUUUGUGCGUUAUUUACUAAUCUAAUAGAAAUCUAGAUUUUAUGCGCUAGAAAAAUAUGAAUGUAUUGUUAUUUUGUGACUUGUAUCAACACGUUACGUACGAUAGGCGUAGUUCAUAUAUUUCAUUAUUACUAGGCCAAGUUUGAAAUCACUUUCUAAUACAAAGAUUAGGAACAUGUCGAAAUUUAAUUUUUGUUUGAGAGAUUUAUUACAUUUAUAAUCUUAUAAUGCACGUACUCUAUAAUACAAGCUCAAAAAAUGAAAUAAUGUAUUACAACGUACGACAUGUAUUGUCGUACACGUAUACGUAUAAUUACGUAUGUCGCAUUACAUACGUUAAAGACAAAAAAAGAUAGAAAAUAAUGUACAUUUACAUCUAUUCCUUGUUUCCUCUAUCUAAGCGUAGGUAAAUGAACGUUGUAAAUAUUUCAAAUAUACAUGAAAACCAAACAGACGAAAUAAGAGAAUCCGUUAUUAGGUAUACGUGAAAAGACGUAUAACCAGAAAGAAACUUAAUGUUCAUUGCACACUUUCAUUGAGUUUCAUGUUUAAAUUUCGUUGAGAUAAAAUUUAAAACUAGUUUUAAUAUAUAUAUGUAUAUAUAUAGACUCUGUGGAUAAAUUUUAAGCUGACAUAUUUGAGAUAUUUAAAAAUAUCUUGAGAAAUUAUCAAUGUGUAUAUACAAUAUGCCAUAUGGAAUAGGUAGGACACGUUUUGAUCAUUACGUUCCAUUUCUACCAACGUAGAUUAAUUUUAAUAUAUCGGUUUAACUUACUUUUUAUCUUUUAAUUCCAAGAACUAGAAAAAGAUAAAAAGUAAGUUACACCGAGAUUAAAGUUAAUCUACGUUGGUGGAAAUAAACAGAUCACACUACUUUAAUAUUACGUUGAGUUUUGAAAAUUAAAAAAUAAUUUUAUAGUACGCUUUAAGUGACGUAUGUACGUUUUUAAUCUUUCGUUAGAUAUUUUCUGAUUUUGCAUUGUAACAGACACGUCAACAAUAUAUUUUUAUGAUAUUCAUUUUCUUACAUUCAACAACAUUCUUAGUCAUUUUUACUUUUUUUUUUCCCAAAAUAGAAGCACUCAUCUAAUGAGAUUCUAAUAUUAUAUUACCAAGAAAUGAAAGUCUGCAUAUUUGCAUUUGUAUAAUUCCAGAUAAUCAAAAAAUAUAUUCUCAUUAUAUUUGUGCUUUUACGCAAUAAUAGUAUUAAUACGUCUGGACGAUUUUGUAUAGUAUAACUUAAGUGUAAAAUAUAUCUCUAAGAUCUUGUAAAAAUAAAUGUUUAAAUCGGAAA